GCCGAUAAUCAGCAAGACGAGAAGGGAGAUUUCGAUGAGAGAUGUAUUUGAGGCAAACGAGAGCCGAAUGAUGCUUUAUGCGAGUAUCGCGAGGCUGCAGAGGGUAGCGGACGCAGCUGAAAAAGCAAGUACAGCCUUACACAGCCUCAUGACCGACAGAAAAAACGACAUCUGAAUAUUCCCUUGAGUUAACGUCCAUCUGUUCAAAGUUUGCCCUACUUUGUGGAGUUCCAGAAUGCCCAAUAAGCGCCUCCUUCCGGCUUCCCACCCCACACCAGCACUGCGGGUCAAGAUAGAUAUACAGAUGGAUGUCCAUCUUUGACAAGCGACAUUGAAAAGUUGUAGCCAUCAAUCCAAUUGACUGGGUGAUACCGGACAAACGUGGCAUGAUGUUCAAGUGGGUCAAAGACCCCUUCAUCCUAGGGACGGACGGUACAGACAGCCCGCUUAUCUGUCUCAGUUCCGCAAGACCAUACUUACGGUCCCUCUUUCAGGUGGUCGGUGAAGUGGUAGAAGUUGGGAGCUCUGUGACGCGCUUUAAAGUUGGUGAUCGCGUUGUGAGCCAGGGUUGUGGCAUAAACGAAGCGUUCAAUGACUCCGUAAAAGGAGACUUCCGACUAUACACUGUUCUCGUCAACCACAUGACUGCUCCCAUUCCUCCCACGAUAGCCGUCGAGCAAGCAGCCAUCCUGCCGCUUGCAGUAAUCACGGCGGCUAGUGGCUCUUCCUUAAAGACCAAUUGGCUUUUCAACUACCUACCGUACCCCACUUGAAACCGACUGGCAAAACACUUCUCGUCUGGGGAGGAGCAACAAGCGUCGGCUGCAAUGCAAAUCAGCUUGCUGUUGCCGC